CAGUCGAGUGGGCGAUGCCGUCGGGGUGUGGUGUGCCGGCCCCGUGCGCUGGAAGCCGGUGCCUUCUUCUGUGAUCUGUGGGUUUCUGAUCCUUAAACCGAGUGCGGGGUCUGGUACUUCGACUGAGUGCCGACGGUAGCCAGUGAGUGUCGGAGUUAGGAGUUUGUGAGUGUCCCGGAGUGCUGAAUGCUGCCGGCUCGGCGGAGUGCCGGCUGAGGCUCCGGCCGGGCCGCGCGUGGCGUGUGGAACGAGCGAGCGGGAGAGAGCGUGACUGGUCGAGGGAUUGGCUGACUUCAGGCCGCCGGUGACCGGUCACGAUGCGGUCGUCGGUCAGUGUGAUCCUGUCGGAUCCCCCGCCCGACUCGGCCAUGUCGUUCCCCGACUACCAGCAGACGGCGCUCGAUCAUCAGAGCCUGCUCAUCCUCGUCAAACAAGUCGGUCAGCAGCUGAAGCCUCGCACUUUCAACAAACUCUACGACCGGAUCAGCCGUCUACAGCAGGUGACGACUCGUGACUCUCAGGGGGCGCGGCGGGCCGUCUGGCUUCGUUACCGACGCUGGUACCCGGCUGAGAACAACGACUGGGGCGAGUUUCAGAGCCACCGGCGCGUCCUCGGGCUCAUCACACUAGGUCACGUGACCAACCAAGCGGAGCUGAACGAUGUAUGCAAGCAGCACGAGUCUCUGCGCAGUCGGUACGCAGCCACCCUGUACGACUCGCGCUGUGUCGUGCUGGGCAUGCCGGCCGACGGGCGGGGCGAGCCGGCGCCGCCAUCCCCCGCUCCCGCCCCCGCCCCGGCGGCAGCGGCAGCGGCAGUGAAGGUGUCUUCAUCCAGUCUGGAUCGCGAUAGUGGGGUAUACGACCACAGUGAGACGGCUGGCGGCUGUGCCAGCGAGGCUACCAGUGAGUCCAGCGAGCGAGCCGACAGCGAGUCAGACGAGGCGGAUGGGUGUGCGCUCUCCACAACGUCUGGGAGACUCACCAACGGAGCCCCACCGCCGCCUCCUCCGGCCCGCGGUGGAUCCUCCGGGCCCGCCGCCGGGUCCGCUGGAUCCUCUGUGUCCUCUGCAGCCGGGUCCUCGAGGUCCGCCGCGCCGGCCGCCGGCGGGGACCCUCUCACGCCUCCCGGCUCGUUCCGCGCUCGCACGCUCUGUUACGCCGGUGUAGAGAGCUGUGACGACCUGGACGUGCAACUGCAGGAGUUUGCCAACAGCCUCUUCUGGGUGCUGGAAGCUAAACGCGUGGACAAGAGUGCCGAGCGCGCUGACAAGCUGGCCCUCCUCUGCGCGCCCUUCGAGCGAAAGGAUUUUGUCGGUCUGGAUAUGGAGAGUCGCAGCAACAAGAAGCGAUGCAUGGGCCGCGCCAAGAAGCACAUGGGGGACUUGUCACUACAGACGGGUCUGCCGGCCGAGGCGAUGGGCUACUACACGGCGGCGGCAGAGCUGCUCCGACAGAGCAACGACUGGCUCUGGCUGGCCGGCUGUUUUGAGGGCAUGUGUGCAGCCUCGGUGGCAGUCCUGUACCCAGACCUCAGGAGGGCCCAGGUGCAGAGGAACGCCUCCCUGAACCAGGCGCGCGUCUGUCGGACGGGGCGACCGUCUGCGUCCAACUCUUUGCCACACGGUAUCGAGCCGGCCGAGUUUCUCGAGGCUUCUCGGAGCUGUCUGACGCCGGCAGAGAUUGUCGACAAGUACAGGGAGUCGGUGGUCCACUACAGCAAGUACCGACACGCGGGCGUCAUUGAGACCGAGUGCAGUCUGAAGGCUGUGCACGUGCUGAUCGAACAGUGCCGCUACCUGAUGGCUGCCGAGUUUCUGCAGAAUGUCGUGUUCAUCAACCUGCAGCUUUCCGACGACGAGAAGAUCCAGCGUUUCACGACGCUCUCUGAGCUCUACUCCCAAUGCGGGUUCCACCGAAAGGCUGCCUUCUUUCGCCGGGUGGCGGCCAUGCGUUUCGUGGCGUCUCAGAACCCGCAGCCGUCCUGGUCGCAGUGCUACCAGCUGCUGCUGCAGGCCAUGGAUGGAUACCGGCUGGGCCUGGACCCGUCCGACUUUCCAUCAGACCGAGUUACCGGCUGGUCGGCGCUACAGACCCAGCUGCUCCAGGAGCUGGUCGGCUCGGCCCGCCGGAUGGGCAACACGCCGCUCGCCGUCCGCCAUCUCACCUUCCUCCUUCACGCCAUGUUUGGCGCCCUGAGCGGCGGCGAGCGCGCCGAGUUCGCCGCCCAGCUGGAAGCGCUCUCGGUGCAGUGUCAGCCGCCGGCGGCGCCCGGGCCGCUGGCGCUGGAGACGGGCCUCAUCAUACCGCCCGUCAACCUAUACUGUCUACCCGUUGUGAGGCGUUUCCGGCCUCUGGAGUAUCCCCCUCAUCUGCGGCCUCAGAAGCUGCAGCGACCCAAGGCGGACGACCACGGUCCUUUCAUCUUCAGUCCGCUGCAGUUCGGGUCGCUGCAGCGCGAGAAACGCGACAGGGAAAAACUAGAGUUCCGCUGGGUGGAGGGCGAGCUGAGCCAGGUGCAGCUGUUGGUGGAGAACCUGCUGCCCGCCGACCUCCGCGUCACCGCCGUCUCCCUCCUCGCUGACGGCGCCGCGCUGGACGUGUUUCCCUCGCAGCUGACCCUGGCCGCCAACUCGGGACCGCACGCCGUCAACCUGGUGGGCGCGCCGCAGGCAGCCGGUCAGGUCACCAUCACAGGAUACACGGCCACGGUGCUGGGCGUCCGCUCCAACUGCCGUCUCAAACAGAUGGACUGGGUGGACGUCUCCCAGUACCUGGUGGACGCCGUGCCGGCUCUGCCUCAAAUUCAGGUGUCUACCUCAGCCUCUAAGCUGUCCGGCCCGGCGCCAUUCGACAGUAACGGCUUCGUCAGCGCGGCGCACCUCACUCUGUAUGCCGGAGAGAGCCGGGAGCUGCAGCUGACGCUACAGAACAGCUCCUCGCAGCCGGUGGAGCUGCUGGAGCUGGAGCUGCAGGAGCCGCCGGCCGGCUGCCGCCAGCUGCUCAGCUGCCGGACGGAGCAGCUGCAGCAGCAGCUGCCUCUGGCGGCUGGCGCAGCGGCCCAGCUCAACGUCACAGUCACCGCCGAGCACGAGUUUGUGCUGAGAGCCGAGGACGAGGAGGUACCGGAGUCAGCCAGCGUGUCGGGCGGCGGCGGCAGCGGCAGCCAGCCGCCCAGUCUGCUCAGCUCGGCGGCCGCCUCCCUCCCCUCGCGGCUCUCCAGUGCGCUCUCCUCGGGCCGCGGCCGCCGCCUGCCGCUGGCCGAGUCCACCCCGUCGCUGGGGGGAGGCAGUAUGAGGUCGUCGAGCAGUGGGGGGCGGACGGCGGUCUCCAGUGUGGCGAGGAGGCCGAGCCUGCCCGAGGUGCCGCGAUACCCGGCCAAGACGGCGGAGGCGGUGCUCAAGGUUCGCUACUCGGGCGGGCCCGGUCUGCCGGCCGGCUACUGCCGCGCCUUCAGCGUGCUCGUCACAGUGGACGUGGUGCCCUCCGUCUACAUCACCAAGUGGGACGUGCUGCCGGCAGAGACUCCGAGCUCGUGUUACCUGGUGUUGGACGUGCUGAACGCCACUGAACACGAGCUGGAGCUCGAGUACACGGCCGGAAAGAAACUCCUGAUGGAAGGUGACGAGACGUGCCGGGUACCUGUCCCACUGGAGAGGUGUCCGCUGGCAAACGACGAACAGGACUCGCAGCCGGAGGAGGAGCCCGGCAUUCCGCCCGCUCUGUCUGGCUCGGAGCAGAGUGCCAGUGACGUGACGGAUCACGUCACGUCCCGCGUGACGCUGGGCUGGCGGUGCGGUGACGGGAGUGACGAGCGAUCCGGCCGGGCCGACCUGAGGGGUGUCACCUGGAGUGACGCCAUGCUGGACCAUCUGAGAGUGUGUCCCGUUACCUGGGAGGUGCUGGUGGACGGCCGCUCGGGCGGCCACUCGCCGGCUCCUGGCCGUACCGGUGACGUCAUCCGCGCGGCGGUGCGGCUGACCAAUGGCGGCUGCCGGACGCUCAGUGACGUCACACUGACGGUGUCCGUGUAUCAGGACCACGAGAAUGGAGCCGUCAGUCGGCGGCUCGAGACGCGCAUGGCCGUGGCCGGUGCACUGCGACAUCACAGAGACGCGGUGGCCGUGGGCGACAGUCUCCAACACUCUGUCGGCUUCAUUUUCUUCUCGUCGGGGCUCUACAAGCUAGAGCUCCGCUGUACCGCCGCCGGGGGCGACACCUGGACACACUUGCAGGCACUCGAGGUUGCCUGAGCGGCCGUCAGGGGCGCUGUUGGCGGUUAGUCUGAGGGCCAGUGGCUGGCUGGGGGCCGCGUGAGCCUCUGUGAUGAGUUCGGCUAUCGAACAUGGAACUGCAGUACGUUGCUCGUCCCAUACUGUUACUUGCCGGGCAGAUGCGUCCGACUGGCUGCCGGAACUCUCACUGGGCUGAAGGCCGGGAAAGUCUCACUAAUGUGGCGGAAUGUCUCAUGAAUCUAGCGGGCUACCGCCUCAGUAUAUCUAUCGUUGGGUAUAUAAGUGUCCCGCCUGCCCGCUGUAAUGCUCAGUGACGACGUCAGGCGCCGUGGUUAACUGUACGGUGCCGGCACUCCGGCCCAUGACAUAGCAAUGGCCGGUGCGCUGCCGGUCGUACACUAUAACUAUGCAUGUUGCCCGGCCGGCCAGGGCGGUUCAGUCGCAUACUCGGAUACGCUGGGUGACGUCAUAUAUGUCCGGGGUGACGUCACGUGUGCGCCGCUGCGGAGGGCGACCGUCGGUACAAAAUACCCCCCAAUAUACGCUGUGAUAUUACGCUCCGAGUCAGCCGCGAUAGGCUCCGGUCGGUACCGGUUGGACACAGGUUAGCAGCGAGUAGAGACAGGCCGUCGAGCUGGAUCUGUGAAUGGUGCUAUACAUGUAUGUACGUGAAUAUCGAUAUAUGCCGGCAAUACACGCUGAUAUGCUUAC